AUGGUUGACAGUAUUGUCUCUAAUAUGUACCUUGGGCCAUAUGAGCGAGAACUGUUCCUCAACAAAAGCACAUGCUUUAAAGUAAUUGAAGAGGAGAUUAUGUCAGGGCCUCAAAGCAAGUCUCUUGUAACCAAAUCAUUCAGAAUAUUUGAGUACGGCAAUUGCUUGGGCAGUCUCAGAAAACAAUUCUCUAAUCUAAAAAUUUUCAGAGGUCUUCAGGAGCAAAACUAUAAUGAAACCUUUGGAGAAGAAGAAGGAACAGGAGAUGAAGUUGGCCAUAUGUACCAGUACAAAAUAUGGAAAAGAUCUCUUGAUGUAAAGCUUAUUGUUAACUUAAUUUUCAUCUUGAUUAUUUGUAUUCUCCUACAGAUAUAUUCUUUCUUGAUGAUACGUCAAAUGGAUAGAGUUACUGAAGCUAAAACUACUCUUGACAAUUUGAUCUCAGCUAAUGGAGACACGACACAAGCUUACAAGGAUGUAAAGUCUGAAGGAGACACUUAUUUGCAUUAUUCAAUGUUAAUAUUUGUAUUGAACUGAUUCACAGUAGGGUAUCUUAUCCAAGACUUUCAAGUGAUGAUUUACCUCAAUUUAAGAAAGAAGUACGCAAAUACUUACACGUGGCUAUUGCUUAUCAAUUUAGUAUCUACUCUGAUUUACAUUAUACGGGUUCUUAGGUUUGCUUACCACUAUAAUGAUGACUUAUCUUCUGAAAGAGAGGAAAUUAGAGCAGCUGUGCAGAUUCAAAGAAUGAGAGAUGAUGAUGUAUUCAAUUUUAAAGCAGCAAUAGCCAUCCCUGUAUCCCUACAAUUUGCUAGGCUUGUCUACGCACUUCAGGUAAAUAGAACCUUUGGGCCAAUGGUCAAGAUUAUCACAUCAAUGAUAGUUGAUGUUAUUAGAUUUUUGAUCCUCUUUGCAGCAAUGUUCUUUAUUUUUAUUGGAGCUGGCCAGAUUCUUUUCUCUGAGCUUGAUGAAUUCUCAGAUCUUGAAAACUCUAUGAAAACACUGUUUGCAUCAGCAAUAGGAGAGUUUGAAUUUGGAACUUAUGAUGAUCUGAAGGACGUAGACCCUAAGGUUGGAUACAUUUUUGUCACAGCAUUCAUUAUCAUAGCAAAUAUAAUGCUUCUUAAUUUCCUGAUUGCUAUUCUUUCAACAACUUAUUCAGAGCUAAAUGAUGUGAAAAAUGGUCUAUAUAUGAGAAAGGUGAUUCAGUUUAGACAGAAAUACAACUAUGAUAGAAAGUAUGCAUCGAUAGUCUUUGCUCCAGUGCCAUUGAAUAUGAUAAUUUUCUUGUUCGUACCUCUUUUAAUGAUGGGAAAACAUAGAAUCAACGAAAUAUUCCUUGUGGUAGAAUACUCGAUAGUCUUCAUAUCCUCAAUUUUUUUGUUCUUUAUCUGCUCAGUCAUAAUGUGCCCUGUAUCUUAUGUCUUAAUUUUGUUGUUCAAGUUCAAGUAUAUCUUUCAGAAUCCAAGAAAGAACUGGAAGGACGUGAUGUUCAGAAUCUGUGACUUCAUUCUAUUUAUCUUCAUCGGUAUCCCAUUCAUUUUAGUUUGGGUGUUCAUUGACACUUUCAAGUUCGCUGUCAACCAAUUCUCUAAAAGAAUUAUGCUUAUUGAUAAGUCAGAGAGAACAGACCAGAGCAAGUUGAACGAACAGAUGGAUGGAAGCAUCCAGACUAAACACACAAGUAGCAUAAAUUUCACAAGGAAGAAUGAAUUCCAAGUCGUUACUCAGCCUAAAUUCAGGCCAAAGACUAAUAACAAAAUGCUAAACCCCCUUAAAGAAGGUCUUUCAGACACAACUUUUAAAAUCUUGAAUGCUUGUUGUAGAAUGAUGCUGGAAGAUUUUGAAGAGAAGUCAACUAAUGUAAAUGAGAUUACAACCACUUUUAUUCCUACAAUAUCCAUAUUGGAAAAGAUGAGAGAGAUUCUUCUAGUUCAAGAACAGUUAAAUGCAAUUCUUAUGGGAGUAUCUUACACCAAAAGUACAGACUUCUUUUACUCAGAUACAUUUCACACCCUUGUUGAGAACAUUCUCGGUUCAGAGAAGGAAGGAAAUAUCCUUGGAGAUGCUUAUGAAGAGGAAGAAGAAAAACCCAGAGAUAUGAUCUUCAAGAGACAAAGCACGCUUGUUGACAGAGAUGUUUCCCCAAUGAAAUGGAAGUAUUGGUCUGAGAAAAUCAUCGGCUUCUUGACUCAAAGUAAUGAGAAGUGGAUUUUAGAUCAAUUCAAUCUUUGCAAGCGUUUCUUACUUCAAAAUUCUAUAGAGGGUACCUAUGAAGAUUUUUCUCAUCCGUUCUACAACAAUUUUGGGCAUAUAAAAUCCAUGAAAGUGAAGAAUCCAAAGAAAAAGAUGUAUGUUGAGGAUACUGCAAGAGAAAUGUUCACAGCGAAAAAUCAGAAUGCUCCGAAAGACACCCAGUUAGAAUUACAGAUGGUUGAUAACUUUGAACUAAGCAGGGAAAAGUUUAUUGAGACUCCACAAAAGAUUAAGAAAAGAAAAAGAAAUUCAAAUUAUACUUCAGGGAAUAGAGCUAGUGACCCCCAAAUGAUGACUACUACUGUAAGAGAUGAAAAAUUGAUGAAAUGUGACAUAGCAGCUUUGCUGAAAGCAAUCGAGGAAAUUGAAAAGAGGCUAAGAAUGGAAAAGAUCUUAAAUAAGAACGAGAAAGGGAAGGAUGGCUCAUUGGUUGCCCAUGUGAUGGAUGAUAAUACAGUCAAGGCUCUUAGAAACCAAUUCUCGAUGCUAAACUUCAACAGGAACUUCAAAGCGGUCUUAGAGGCACUUCAAAAUCCCUCUUCUUACAAGGGAAGUAAAGAUAAUUAGUUACUGUUUCAAUCUUGU